AUGGCCCAAUAUAAUGGACGUGCCGCGGCAGAUGAAGCUGCUGUGACACGGCUACAGCGCCCUUUCAAGUGCCCUGGAGCUGCAGUUCACGCGCAGAACAUCGAUCGCCCAUCCCGCAAACGAAAGCGAAUCGACUACGGAGGUGCGGAUGGUAGCGAAAGCAACGAGAACCUAUACACUACCGAAGAUCGAAAAGCUCUGAUAGCCCGAGAUAUGAAUAGAUUUCCAGUGUUCCAAGUCAAAGACAAGGAGACCGUUUUCCGAAAAGCGUUCUCAGUACCGCUCAAAGACAAAACACCGGGACAAUAUGUGUCAUCACGACCGCCACCUACACUCGGCCUUCGACAAGGGCGAGUUUUUGCACCCCGGCCCUUGCACGAUCCUAGCGGAGAAUUUGCUAUAGUUCUAUACGAUCCUACUAUUGACGACAAGGCCACAGAGUCAACUAUGGAACCAAUAGCUGCAGAAAAAAAGCCGAAGGAGUCACCCGCACUUGAUACACCACUAGUACAUAAGAGUCUGGCAGAAAUUCUCGGAAUUAAGAAGAAUGUGGAAGAGAAAACCGUUCGGGUACCAGUCGUACUCGACCCGAGACUGGCAAAAGUUCUGCGGCCUCAUCAAGUGGAAGGUGUCAAGUUCAUGUACAAGUGCGUCACAGGGAUGAUCGAAGAGAAUGCGAAUGGUUGUAUCAUGGCAGAUGAGAUGGGUCUUGGAAAGACGCUUCAGUGUAUAACGCUACUAUGGACAUUACUGAAGCAAUCCCCAGAUGCUGGUAAAUCCACCAUUUCGAAGGCAAUCGUUGUCUGUCCCGCAAGUUUGGUCAAGAAUUGGGCAAAUGAGCUAACCAAGUGGCUUGGUGCUAAUGCCGUCAAUCCAUUUGCAAUAGACGGCAAAGCAUCCAAAGAAGAAUUAACCCGCCAACUUCGCCAAUGGGCGAUUGCAGCUGGCAGGUCCAUCACGCGACCUGUCAUUAUCGUCUCAUAUGAAACGCUACGGUUGAACGUUGAAGAGUUGAAACAUACCAAAAUUGGACUCUUAUUCUGUGAUGAAGGUCAUCGCCUGAAGAAUGGAGAUAGCAAUACGUUCAACGCACUCAAUAACCUGAAUGUUUCCCGCCGAGUUAUUCUUACUGGAACACCAAUUCAGAAUGACUUAACCGAGUACUUCUCACUCACAAGCUUCGCAAAUCCUGAUCUACUUGGCUCACGGUUAGAAUUUCGAAAAAGAUUUGAGAUUCCAAUUUUGCGUGGCCGUGACGCUGAUGCAUCGGAGGCGGACAGGCAGAGAGGCGAUGAAAGUACUGCAGAGCUUCUGGGUAUUGUCAAUAAGUUUCUGAUCCGCCGCACAAACGAUAUUCUCUCCAAGUAUUUGCCAGUCAAAUAUGAACACGUUGUGUUUUGCAACCUGGCGCCAUUUCAACUGGAUCUUUACAAUUAUUUCAUCACGAGUCCGGAUAUCAAAGCUCUUCUACGAGGCAAAGGUAGUCAGCCACUAAAAGCUAUCAACAUUCUUAAAAAGCUAUGCAAUCAUCCUGAUCUUUUGAACUUGUCAGAUGACUUGCCAGGAUCUGAUAGCAAAUACCCCGAAGACUAUGUACCAAAAGAAUCGCGAGGGAGAGACAGGGAGGUCAAGCCAUGGUACUCUGGCAAAAUGCAAGUGCUUGACCGCAUGCUAGCGCGAAUCCGACAGGACACAAACGACAAAAUUGUUCUCAUCAGCAACUACACGUCUACUUUGGACCUAUUCGAGCGACUAUGCCGUUCGCGCCAAUAUGGGUGUCUAAGACUAGAUGGAACAAUGAAUGUGAGCAAACGACAAAAAUUAGUGGACAAGUUUAACGAUCCAGAAGGGGAAGAAUUCGUUUUCCUUCUAAGUAGCAAAGCUGGUGGCUGUGGCAUCAACUUGAUUGGUGCCAAUCGCCUUGUUUUGUUUGAUCCAGAUUGGAAUCCUGCCGCAGACCAGCAAGCCUUAGCAAGAGUCUGGCGUGAUGGGCAGAAGAAAGACUGCUUUGUUUACAGAUUCAUCGCGACUGGUACUAUAGAGGAAAAGAUUUUCCAACGACAGUCCCACAAGCAGAGUCUGUCCUCGUGUGUUGUUGAUUCAGCUGAAGAUGUGGAACGUCAUUUCUCCCUCGACAGUCUACGGGAGCUUUUCCAGUAUCGCGCAGACACCACCAGCGAUACUCACGACACGUUCAAGUGUAGUCGCUGCAGGGCUGAUGGUAAACAGCAUGUAAAAGCUCCAGCUAUGCUAUAUGGAGAUACUAGCACCUGGAAUCACUUUGUAAACGACGGGCUGAAACCUAUCCAAGACUUGCUCCUUCGUCAAGAGCAUGGUGAGAGUGAAGUCUCGGCAGUUUUCCAAUACAUUUCGCAUUAG